AUGAAAAUCCAAACCGCUACCACAUUCCUCCUCCCAGCCCUCGCCUUGGCAUCAACCAACACCAAGCGAACCGACACAUGGGGCGGGAGCGUAUCUCUCGGCCCCACAAAGUCGACGAUCACGAAUGCCGUGACGACUCUGAUUCCCGGUGCGGCGCCGGCGACCCAGAACGGGGUGCUUUUUCUCUGGCCUGGGAUGAGUAACGGGACGGGAGAUCUGGUGCAGACUACGCUGGAAAGCUGGGCGAGUAAUGAGUGGUGUGGUGCUCAGUCGGGUGAAUGGUGUGUUAGGGCUAGUUUAUUUGGGAGCUUUGGGCAGUUGGAUGGGGAUGCAUCGCUUGUUAAGGGUGAUGAUCAGGUGCGGAUUGAGUAUUCGUUGUUGGAGGAUGAGGAUACUUGGCUGCAGAACGUGACCAACGCACAAACGGGAGAAGUUCUCUCCACCUUCUCAUACAAAUCUGGUCCUUACAUGACCGGCUACGGAACCGGCACAGAAUGCAACGAAGAUUGCACCGGCACCAUCGCCGCCCAGAAAUACCUCAACACGAAGAUCACCCUCGCAGAAGCAGACGAGACCUUCGGAGACACGAUUUCAUCAGCCGGCGGAGCAACUUACUCCGGGUUGACAUCUAGUGAAGGUGGAAAGGUCUGGGAAAUAGAGAGUAUCGAUGUUCCCGCCAUGUCGUCGUAG